AAAACCACAAAAUUCUCUUAAAAAAAUCUAUCUUGAUUCUGUUUGUUGUGCAACAAUUCUGUGUGUUUGUUGGUGUGGUUUCUUGGCCAUGCAUCUAGUUUUUGUAUGAGCUGUGAAGUAGUAUUGAAUAGAUGUCGGAUUUGGAGAGAUGGUAAGUAUUCAAGUCGGGGUAUGAGUUUAGAAUUACAACUUUCAAAAACAGGCGUAAGAUUGUGAUGAAAGAAAGCUUGACGGUUUUGAACGAAACUAAUUCACAGGUGCACCACAAUGUCUAUGUAAGAAUCGGUUCUAAAUAAGCUCGGCCAACUUGAAACUCGUGGCCGAACAUAUCUUUCCAGUCACUCUGCCUCUGUUACCAAACACGACAACAAUACCACCUCCUCAAGUGUCCAAAUUUAAAGACGUCGGCGCCAAAAAAUUCAAACACACGCACUUACCAUUCUCAUACUCAGAGAGAGAGAGAGACAGAGAGAGAAACCGACAAUGCCGACAAUCUUCAUCGCCCUUCAAUGUUGCCAAUGUUCCACUAUGCAGGUGAAGCAACAGAAGAAGAGUAGUAACAAAUGGAUCUGUGUAGUGUGCAACCAGAAGCAGUCGGUACGGAAAGUGUUUGCCCAGGGUUUGAUGGCCAAGGACGUCCGCAAAUUCGUUCAGAGCUUCAACAUGUCCCGCCAAUUCGCCCAUCAGCAGCAAGAACAGCUCGUAGACGAAGAGGAAGAAACCCUAGCUCCGUCAACAGAAAAGAUCGACAAUCAUGACCAUUGGAAGAAUAAGAAGGUGAAGAGAAUUGACUGGACCGAGUACAUUGAUCCUCAGGACGAAGCCGAUCUCGCAGAAAUCAGAGAAGAAGAAGAAGAGCAAUCAGAGGAGGAGCCAAGCAAAAGCCGGCCAAUGAAGGCACAGGGGAAUUCCAAAUGGGGUUAUAAUGCUACACAGGCUGAAGAAAAUUUUCCAAAUAAGAAUCAGAGAAUAGGUCAACCUACAACAUGCAUGGGGUCUUCCAAAUGGAAAACCUACAUAACCAAAGACGACGAUGACAAUUUUGCAGAUAAGGUACCAUGCAAAUGUCAGCCAAUAACAGUCGAAAGGGCUUCUAAAUGGACAGGUUAUGUGGAAGAAGAUGGUGAUGAUGAUUUGCAGGCAAAAAGUGGAAGAGACAAGGCCGAUUAUAUGGGUCAAUGGAACCACAAUGCAUUCGAUACCAUAGAGAAAGAUCAGAAGGUAGAAGAAGACAUCCACCCUGAUUUUCUCUGAACAGUCCGGUGGCUUUGCAUUAUAGUGUCCUGUAGAUGGUGAAUCAAACUUUGGCUGCAACCCUCCUAUGUUUUGUUCAAUGGUUUUGCAUAUAUUUCAGUUGCAAUGCAUGCUUAGUCACAUAGACAUCAAGAAAAAGAAAAUAACUCCAUAACCAAGCUGACACUAUAUAAUUCAAUAGG